AUGGCUUCACUCAACCAUAUUCCUGCCAAUAAGACCAGAACACUGGAUUCAUUCACACUUGAAAAUUUUUCGAGAAGCAGAAGACGAUUCGAGAAUAUUUGUGUUCAAAAACACAGGACUGUUUUUAAAUUAGUGGAGGUGGUGAUUUGUGCAGCGACAGUCGCUUUAGUUGCAAAUGCCCGUCCUGUAUGGAGUGAAAAAGAUGUAAUUAUUGGAGUAUGUACAGCGGCUCUAUUUGGGUCAUUCGCAUUUCUUAUUAUUUACAUCUUUGCACUCGAUGAACUCAUCCCUUCAACAUCAUGGUUCAUAGUGGAGACAACAUGGUGUACUAUGGUUGCAAUCGGUCUAUUCUCAUGUACACUAGUUUUACUACUUGUCACUACUUCGUACUGGGCAGAAGUGAAUCCUAUUUGGCAUGCAAUGUCAGCAUUUGCUGCGGGUUCAGCAUUCAUAUGUUCGUUACUUCACGCUAUUGAUGUUUCUCUCCUUGUCAUCAACUGGAGGCGAUAUUCAUGGAAUCCUAGCGGAGAGGAAUAUCUGCGGAAUCGUGGAAUACCACUUUAA